AUGUACACUGCUUGGAAUAGUUCAGUUAUUAAAGCUCCGUUUAUUGAUACAAAUGUUGCUGUUGAAAGUAAUACAACUUCAUCAACCAUUGAUAAAAUUACUUCAACAAGUCAGAUUGAACCUUCAAGUCCAGUUGAGAUUUCAACAUACGAUAAAGAAGUUCACAUUCUUGAAUUUAUCGAAUCUCAGUAUAGCCAUAGAGAAACAACCGUUAUUGUGAUUACCCUUCUCUAUAUGGUUCUUUUUAUUCUGGGUUUAGUCGGAAACAUUUGCAUAAUUUAUUGGCAUGUUGCUCCAAAAUCAUCUUAUUAUCAGCGAACAACUUCCAACAUACUUGUUAUCAACCUUUGUUUAUCUGAUUUGUUGGUUACCUUUUUCUGCUGCCCAUUUGUGGCUUAUGCCAAGAAUACAACCAUUUGGAGGUUUGGUGAAAUACCAUGUACUUUGGUCCAUUACAUGCAAGGAGUCGCAAUAACAUCGACAACUCUGUCAAUGACUUCACUGUCCUUUGCUAGGUACACAUUAAUGCAACGAAGCGAUCUUGUCUCGAUGCGUAAAUUUGCACCACUCAACAGUAUAUUUUUGUGCAUUACUUGGCUAUCCUCGACUCUGUUGCCAAUACCAUUACUUUUUGUCCGUAAACUCAAACUUGUCCAUUUACUCGACUAUUCUUUCUCCUUUUGCCUUGAACUUUGGCCUUCCGAUGUUCACCGUAAACUGUUUAGCGUUAUAACUUUCAUCAUUGUUUACCUGAUUCCUUGCUCCAUUCUAGUCUACUGUCAUACUCGAGUCUCUUUGGCUUUGGUAUCAUCUAAUCGGGAACUGACGAAUAGACGGGGAACUAUGAAUGGUGAUAUACGUGGUUCAUCACGUAAAAGGGCUUUCCGUGUAAAAUCGUCAACCAUUUCAUCCGAUUCGUCGACCAUUGAUAACCUUGAAAUUUUAAUCAAUCCUGAGAUGAAGGAGAAGAAGAAAAUGGCCAUGAAUAGACGACACUUGUCUCGAUUCCUAAUGUCCAUAACAGUCUGCUUUGUCUUUUGUUGGCUUCCAUACAACAUACUUUCCUUUUAUUUCGACCUAACAGAGUCUCAAUAUGCCCUUGAUAUGUUGCCUUUCACUCUUUUCCUGGGUCAUUCUCAUUCUGCCAUCAAUCCUUUAGUCUAUUGGACUUUGAUUAAAACGGAACGUGAAAAGCGUUUAAGAGCCAUUGAACUGCGAUCCAUUCUGGUUCAACUGUCACACAAUAGUAUGAAUGAAAGAAAUGCCAAGCCUAAAUCGGAAGAAGAGAAGUGUAAAGACAAAAGUGAAUCCAAAAUGGACACGACAAUAUCAAGCUGCUCAAGUUAUCGUUAUUGCAUUCGUUACUAGUAUUUUAAAUUAACAAAUAAUGAUCAAUUGAAACAAGGAAUUGAUCCAUCAAAAUCAAAGCAUGUCUUAUGCAUGUAACAAAAUCAAUGACCAAGAAACAAUAACAACAAACGAGCUUAAAUCUGUUACAAUAAUCUGUAUAAAUAGAUGUUCGAAAGAUCUUGUUAUUUAAUCAUCAAAUAAUUUCAAAAUAAUAUCUUGUAAAAAAAGAUCUAUAAUUUGA